GAUUCCAAGAUGGCGCUGCCCAGGGAGCGGUGGCAGUUACGGCUCUGUCUCCUGUCCUUUUGCCUUUGUUUUACAAACGCGGCUCUGGUUGACGUUGAUAAAUGCGACGAACUGCGACUCGGGCAAUACAUUUGCGAUAGUCCCAAGAUAAACAACCUAACACAAGAGCCAGAAAAUUGCACAAAUGAAACAGCUUUUGUUCCUUGUAUGCCAGCUCCUAAUAUUACCUGCAAAAAUUAUAGUGGCUUCGUGAACACCUUCAGUGGAAAGGAAGUAGGCUUCUAUAAGCCCUUUUCUUGCCGUAAUGUAUCUGGUUACUCUUAUAAAGUGGCAGUGGCUCUCUCCUUGUUCCUUGGAUGGCUCGGAGCAGACCGAUUCUACUUGGGAUAUCCAGCAUUGGGUUUGUUGAAGUUCUGCACAGUUGGAUUCUGUGGAAUUGGCAGCCUCAUUGAUUUUGUUCUUAUCUCUGCGCAGAUUGUGGGACCUUCUGAUGGUUCAAGUUACAUCAUAGAUUACUAUGGAGCAAGACUCACAAGAUUAACAAUUGACAAUGAUACAUACAGAAAGACACAAAUGAAACAAUGAGAGGGAUCCCAUUAAGAAAACAGAGGAAUAACAUGAACAUUGCAACGAAGGCAGUAACGAAAACUUAGAACUACCUGAUGAAAUUGUACUUGAAGGAUAACAAUUGGUGUGGAUAUGGCAAGUAAUCGCCUCUGAACUAUUUUGUCCAGGAAAUGAACAGCUGCAUUUCUGCAAAGACAAACACCUGGCACCCCUCCGUAUGGCUGUAAGAAAAUAGCUGUGUUAAACUGAUGACACCACAGUCUCCAUUUAGCUUUCUGAAAUGUUAAUUCCUUUUAUGUUUCAUAAGUACGUUCAGUAACAUUUUGUUCAUGUUUGUACAUGAACCUAUAUAUUUCUUUUCUUUGCUGCAUUUUGGCUGUUUAAAUAACUCCAAUUAUUGAGUGUUAUUUCAUAACCUGAGUUCCAUAAAAUUGUAAUAAAUUCUCUUGACAUGGCUUCUCCAUGCAGUGUUUAACUGAUUAAUAUUCUGAAAUGAAUUAGGUUAUUUAAGAUUGCAGGUAUCAACUUUAGCUGUCACAUUUCUGAACCAAUUCAAGUACAUAAUUUCAGUGAGUUCAGUGAGGUAUUGCACUUUCAAUAAGGUUGUCUUUCAAAAGAGACAGUAAACCAAGGUAGAUGUCAAAAUAUCCCAUGUCACCAUUUGAAGAAAGACAAGGAGUGUGCUCCUUAAUGUUCAAGCCAAAGCUUAUCCCUCAGCCAACAUCACUAUAAAGAUUAUCUGGUUGCUGUUACAUAGCUGUUUUAGGGGCCUGGUUGCCACCUGAAUGCUACAUUUCCCUAUGUUACAACUGUGAUUUCAUUGUUUGAAAAGUUCUUUGAGAUUGGGAAAGACCAUGUAAAUGCAAAUAUGUUUUUUUUAAGAAAAUGCUUCAGAAUCAUAGGAAGCUGAUAGAUCAUUCUGGUACCUGUUUGUUUUUUGUGAAAUUCAGCUCGAUCAAGCAAAAAGUGUUGUUCAUAGAUUAUUGUGGGAGUAUGUAUCAUUGUUGUUUUAUUUUGAAUUUCUUUUCCUUUUUAUCAUGAUUUAAUGUCUAAUUAACAUCUGUAGUGGUAGCAAAACAUUUGUCAAAGAAAUGGCUAUGAUUAUUCAGACUUUUAGCAAAUUGUACAUAGUAGUCUACAAGUUAAACUAAAGAUAAACUUGCCAUUGUCUUACCAGACCAUUGGACUGCUUUCAAAGAGAGAGAAAGAUUACUGAUUGUGGUUUAAUCUAAGGCUCACCAUACUUCAAGCAAGGGAAGAGGUUGAGAAGGAGAAAUCUUCUUCAUGAGAACCUCAGUUGUAUUGGAAUUGAACCCACACUCUUGAUGUCACUUCACAUUGCAAGCUCAGCCAACUGAGUUAAACCCAACUUCCCUGCCACAAAGCACAGGCUGCAUAAAGAUUAGGUAACUGAGAAUACUUAUGGAGGUGUAAUACGAAAAUUGUAAGACCAGCAGGGAUCAAUGCCUAAAUUCCUGGAAUCAUUAAACUGGAUAUUGACACUAACUAUAAUACUACUAGAUUUCCAGAGUGGGUAAUGAGACAGAAUAUAUUGCUGAAUAUUUCUAUAAGGGAACUUUUUACAAGUCAUAGCAACAUGAAAUUUGAUGUUUCUAGUUUGUAAACUCCCCUCAGUUCACAGAAAUUGGACAAAGUUGCAAUGCCCAAAUAUGGCUUUCAGAAACAUCUAAAAUUACAUGUUGCAAAUACAAAAUUUCUGCAAUUACUGAAAACCGUAGACUUAAUAAGCAUAUAGAAUUGUAGAAUAUGACUUGCAAACCACCAGUAAAAAUCUGAGCUCUAGAAGACCAAUAUAAUCUUGAUGUGGCUGCAAAACUGUAUAGGUUUCACUUGUGAUUUGAAAUUAAUUGAAAGUAAUAGAUGGGUAAUCAUAAUCCAGUGAUGUAACUUACUCACUGGAGGCACUGAUUCCCAGUUGAGUCCCAAACUCUUAGUAUGUAAUUAAAAUAUCAAAGUAGUAUCAUAAAGUGCACAGCGCACAAAAGCGUUGUAGCAUAUGAAAAAUUAUUAGCCCUUAUAAGCUGAAUAAUUAUUUUCUAUAUUUUUUGAUUUCCUGUGGAACCCGAAGAAAAUUAAUAAGUUAUUAAAACUUCAUUCAGUACAAUGUUUUUAAAAUAAAUAAAGUUAAAACAGAAUAUUUCCUUUUCAUUGUGUGCACUACACAUUGAGAAAAAUUGAAUUUACUAUAGAAAUCAAACGAGUAUUCAUGAUUCCAGGAUGGUGAUCCUUAAUCACAGUGGUUACAAUUUGAUUUAUUAGCUGACAUUCAAACAAUUUAUCACUAUUUGGUUUCUGGUUCCGCCCAUUCCCCAGAGGAAACCAUUUGAAAUGUUCCAGUUAAUAACUUCUAAUUUUAGAAGGAGCAACAGAGGAUAAAGGUACUGAGAAGAAUUAUGUUGCUCUUGUAUUUCUGUAUUGUGAAUCAUUUCAUUACCGAUAUAGGCUAUGGAGAAGUAAUGUUAUACGGGCAACAAUUGAACUCAAUAAUGAACUGUUUUUGUGGUGAUGAUUUAGCUGUAUGAUGUUUCAGAUCAGUUCUCCUAAGCCAUGGAGGAAUAAUAUUGAAUGAGAAGGAAACAUGUUCUCUUUUCUAAUAUAUUUUACAUCUUGGGCAAUGUAAUUCAUAAAGUAUGUUUGCUUGAUGAGUUACAUUAUCUAUAUAAGCUUGUAUUAAAACAUCCUUUAGAGCUAUUAGUUUGGGUCUGUGAAUUGGUGAAGUGCAAUUUAGCUUAGGUAAGCAACUGGCCCCAUCAGAAGUCUUUGCUGCUGAUCAGUGUGUGUUCCAUAUUCAAGACAAUAUAGAUUCUAUUAGGUGGAACAGAAACAUAUGGGUUAACUAUAGAGCUCUCAAAUCCAAGCUUUGGACAAACUGAAAUACUUACCAAUUGCAGACUAGAAUUGAAAUCCUUAAGAUUUUUGCAUUCAAUUUUUGUAAUUAUGGGAAGAGUAACAACCAAAAUGUUCCAGUACAAUAGCAAGACAUUGUAACAGCAUGUGUAUAAAAUGCCAUAUCUGAGAUUUGUUUUUAUGCAAGGAAAUAUUUUAUAAACAGGAGAAAGACAAAUGAUAAGCUUAGUAAAUUAAAAACAUGUAUAUACAUUGAAUAAAUUUUUUUUUG